AUGAUAAGAUUAAAGUUCACAGUCGCUUUCAUUAAAAUAUCUUGUUUUUAUAGCUUCCAUGGUAUUGUUCCCGACACGCCUAGUCCCAUUGAGAUGUGCAAACAAUUAUCCAGUCCUCGUUUGAUCAAAACUCAUAUGCCUGCUAACUUAGUGCCACUUCAAAUCUGGGAGAGAAAACAAAAAAUGAUCUACGUGGCCCGCAAUGUUAAAGAUGUCAUUGUUUCUUCUUACCACUUCAUCAAAAACUUGGACUUGUGGCGCGGCAAUAGUUUUCAGGAGUAUGUUGAAGAUUUUCUUAACAAUGAAAUUCUUUAUACCCAUUUCUGGUCGCAUAUAGUAGACUUUUGGAAAAUGCGUAACGAGCCUUUUAUAUUCUUUGUCACAUACGAAGAAAUGAAACGUGAUUUAGCGGGGGUAUUGCAACGGCUUUGUACAUUCUUAGAAAGACCGCAAUUAACCCAAGAGCAAUUGUUGAAGACGGUGGAACAUUUGUCCUUUGGUAGCAUGAAAAAGAAUAAGUUCACCAAUUUGACCUAUUUACUCAAGGAGAAUAUGCCUGGUGUUAAAGAAGAUUUCCAAUUUAUGCGCCGCGGUAUUGUGGGUUCCUUUAAGGAUGAACUAACCCCUGAGUUGAUUGCCAGAAUUGAUAAAUGGACUGCUGACUUUUUGGGCAAGCAGGGCCUAAAAGAGGAGGAUAUUUUUGGCAAAUUGUAAAAUUUUCUUUUUUAUUUUUCUAGAAGAUUCUCUGAACUGUAAAUUAAUUGUGAUAUCAUUUUUAAAAAUAGAAAAUAUUUUAAAAAUAAACUGAUAAUUUACAUAUA